CCAACGGUGUUAGGAAACCAAAUGCCACCGAGGCCUAGCUCCAGCUUCUGGAGCGCGGAACUCAGUGCCAUGUAACUCGAGCCGAAGGUUACGACGUUCUCUCUGGGGCGGGCUCUCCUUUGGGCUGAGCUCCCUGGUGACCGCUGGAGCGCGCAGUCUGUGUUUUCUGUCCAUUCAUCAUCACGUCGAAACCCGGCCUCCAGGGAACGCCGGAAGAGGCGGGGCAGGGGCUGCCGCGAACGGAAGUAGCGCCAUUUGUACUGCUAACGCUGCCUGAGCUGAUGCGGGGAACACGUCCCUCAGCCGGGGCCGCGGCCCUCACCCGAGGUCCCCGCGGGGCUCAGGACGUCGGGGAGCUGAAGCCCGGCGCCGUGGCCUGCGACCUGCAGAGGGGCACAUCUAACAUGUCAUUUGAGGAGCUGUUGGAAUUGCAGAGCCAAGUGGGCACUAAGACAUAUAAACAAUUGGUAGCUGCAAACAGCACUAAGAAACAAGGUUCUAGACCACCUGUCCAAAGCGCAUGUGUUGCAGAUAAGCACAGGCCUCUGGAAAUGUCAGCCAAGAUCCAAGUACCAUUUUUACGUCAGGUUGUUCCCAUCUGUAAAAAGGUAGCCCGGGACCCCCGCUUUGAUGAUCUGUCAGGAGAAUAUAAUCCUGAGGUGUUUGACAAAACAUACCAAUUCUUGGAUGAUAUCCGAGCCAAAGAGAAAGAGCUUGUGAAAAAGCAAUUGAAGAAGCACCGUGCAGGGGCGGAGCAUGAGAAACUGCAGCAGCUGCUUCAGCGAAUGGAGCAGCAAGAAAUGGCACAGCAGGAACGAAAGCGGCAGCAGGAGCUGCACCUGGUCCUGAAGCAGGAACGGCGGGCUCAGGCCCAGCAGGGCCAUCGGCCAUAUUUCCUGAAGAAAUCUGAGCAGCGCCAGCUGGCCCUAGCAGAGAAGUUCAAGGAGCUGAGACGCAGAAGGAAGCUGGAGAGCUUCUUAAGUAGAAAGAGGCGCCGAAAUGCAGGCAAGGAUAAGAGACAUCUCCCUUUGAGCAAAGAGUAAUAAGGAACUGUCCUCUGCUUUGCUACUGCCUCAGGGAGACAUGGAUCUAUGGGGACAGUCUUGGGCUUGGCUUGUUUUCCUGGUUCCUUCCUGUUCAAGGGCAAGAAUCACAGCUGCCAUUGAACUAGGUUGGCUCAGAGAAGGCUGGAGAGCUCUUGAACUGCCCCUAGGACUUGACAAGAAGAGUAGCUCAGCCUUCUGCCCAGCCACACUGCCUCUGCUUGGAUCUGCUUCAUCAUGUCUUCAUGACCACCUCCCAUCCUUGCCUUAAAGCAGUGAUUCUGGUACAGAAGAAGAGGGGCCAGUGAGUGACCCUGAGGCCAGUGAAGGCCAUGGAAUCUGCUCAUGGCUCCCAGGGUUGGGAUUUUAUGUAGAAGCCACUUCAUAAACAUUCUUGUUACUCAUC